UCACAGAGUUUAAAUUUAGGGUUGAACUUGGGGACAGCCCCCCUGCUGCAGGUAUGGAUGCGAUGGUGAUUUUGACCGUGUCUGCUACACCGAUUUUGGUCGUGGCUCUGACAGUGGCCUCUAUUUUCUACUAUCGUUACAGAAAGAAAAAAAAGAAGAAGCAGUCCAGAAACAUCACAUUGUCCAAGGAAGAAACAGAGCGAUACUUGAGAGGACAACCCGAGAGCUUGAAUCCAAUGAUGGCGCUCAACGAACAAGCAGAUCUACUGCCAUUCGACGAGCACUGGCACUUCCCUGCUGAGAAACUGAAACUCGGAGAAGUCCUCGGCAGUGGCGCAUUCGGUUACGUACUGAAGGCCGUGGCUAUUGGGAUCUGUCCUCCGGAGCCCAAAACGACAGUGGCCGUGAAGAAACGGAAUCCUCUCUCCAGUCUGGAAAAUUAUAAGACCCAUUUGAUGGAAAUGAAGAUCAUGAGUCACCUCGGAAUGCACUUGAAUGUCGUCAAUUUCCUUGGAGUAUGCACCAAAGAUUUGGCACAUGGU